UAAAAACAGAAGCAUACUUUCUGCGAUAAACAAACAAAUCCUUGACCUUCAAUUUUAUUUUUUCCUCAUUAAAAAGGACAAAAGAAAAUAAUAAACUCAAACUCCACUCCAACUGCAUAGUGCAUCUCCCAUCUGGAUUUGUUAUUCUCUAGUUCAAGUUUAACAUCGCAUACUUCCUUAUUUAUUUAUUAAACUUUUUUAUUUUAACUUCCUCCUCUCUUAUCUUCCUCUACUUCUCCUCUGUGUUUUAUACAAAAAUCAAUUAAAAACGAAAAUCAAAAUGCCAAAAGUUGAAAAAAUCAAAGUUAAUGUAAAAGACCGAGUUGAGGACAAUGCGAUCGAUUUAAGUCUGUCUGAGCUCACAGAAGUUCCUGUUCGAGAAAUUGCUACAUUUAAACGGGUUACAAUUGUGGAUCUCUCGAACAAUAAAUUGAUGUCCUUAGGGAAAAACUUUUCAAUUCUCACAAACAUAACAAGACUUGAUUUGAGCAGGAAUCAAAUAAAAUUUCUACCAGAGGAUUUUGGAAACCUUAGAAAUCUUCGACACUUGGAUUUAUACAACAAUAAAUUAGAACAUUUGCCAUUAAGUUUUGGCAGCUUACAUAAGCUAAGCUAUUUAGAUUUGAAAGGAAAUCCCUUAACCCCGGCAUUGGCUAAAGUAGUUGGAUUGUGUUUAACAGCCAAAGAAUGCAAUACCUCUGCUAGAAAUACGGUUAAAUGUAUGGCACGAAUGCAAGAAGAAGUAGAAAAAGCCAAAGAAAAACUCCAACAAGAAUAUGAAGCCCAACUUGAAGCUAUCCAAGACCUAACCAAUAUCGAAACAGAAGCUCAAAAAUCAAAAAAAGCUAAAAAGGCUAAAAACAAAUCAAAAAAGACUAGAAGUGAAAAUGCUUCACCAAAGCCAAAUCUCAACUUGAAGUUGACCAAAUCAAAAGCCGACGGAAAUUCCACCUUAGGCUGUGCAACUAAGCGCAAAUCAAGUACUGCUCUUAAGACGAUAUUCACAUUUUUUAUGCUUCUAGCCAUCAACAUAUUUAUAAUAUACAUUAUAAUGUUUAAGAAUCCAGAAAUAGCUGAGAAAUUAGUCGAAUUUAUUCCCCAUCAGUAUCGUGAUUGGAUACUCACCAAAUCUGAAUACUUUCGUUUGCGUGUCUCGGAUUGGAUUCAGGUCAUCCGUACACCUCCAGGGCACAACUGACAUUUAAUGUUCUUAAAACCUCCAUCAACUCAGUAAAAAUAUAUCAA